CCCGUGUCCGCGUGCUCGCCCCUUCGCAGUUUCCGCCUUUACACUGCUUCACAUUUGUUUUGAAAAGCACACGCUGGUGUGUUAUUUUGUAAGAGGAUGUGAGGAUGGCUGCAGCAAGACAGCGUGCCACGUGACGUCCCACGUGGUCUAAUGGUAAACUUACAUUGCACAACAUUCCAGUUCAGAUACAUGACCCAGUGGGUGUUGUUUUAAUUAUGUAAAGCAUAGAUCAUUUCAGUUCUGAGCUACAGACUUGAAGACUGUGCAAAUCUCCAGGACUGCUGGAAGCCACUGUUGUGCCCUUCAACAAAUCCUUUAAACAUCACAUUCUUACUUCUGUGCUUAGGAUCGGAUUCUGCCUCACUCUGCCUCCACCACACAAGAUCUGUGGACUCGUUUUCCCAGAAUGCCCAUGUGUUGGGGUGAAGAAGGAGGAGAAGAAGAAGACUAAUACAGGAACUUAGCUGCGGUUUCUCAGUGUGGAGUGGAUUUUAGUCUGAAACGCUGAGAUGGAGAAGAUGGCCUCCGUCAGCACCAUCAGUGGCCGAACCAUGUUCUGCCUGCUGGAUGCUCCGGCCAACGCUAUCAGCGUGUGUCGGGAUGCCACGCAGGUGGUGGUGGCCGGGCGCAACAUCUUCAAGAUCUUUGCGAUUGAAGAGGAAGGCUUCGUGGAGCGGCUGAACCUGCGCGUGGGCCGCAAGCCGUCGCUGAACUUCAGCUGCGCUGACGUCAUGUGGCACCAGGCCGACGACAGCCUCCUGGCUACGGCGGCUACCAACGGCGCGGUGGUGACGUGGAACCUGUCGCGGCCGUGCCGUAACAAGCAGGAGCACCUUUUCGCCGAGCACAAGCGCACCGUCAACAAGGUGUGCUUCCACCCCAGUGAAGCGCACAUGCUGCUCUCCGGUUCCCAGGACGGCUUCAUGAAGUACUUCGACCUGCGCAAGAAGGAGAGCGUCAGCACCUUCUCCGGUCAAUCAGAGAGCGUUCGAGACGUGCAGUUCAGCACGAAGGACUUUUUCACGUUUGCAGCGUCGUUUGAGAACGGGAACGUGCAGCUGUGGGACAUCCGCAGACCUGACCGCUAUGAGAGGAUGUUCACUGCACACACCGGCCCCGUGUUCUGCUGUGACUGGCACCCUGACGACAGAGGAUGGCUAGCGACAGGUGGGCGUGACAAGAUGGUGAAAGUGUGGGACAUGACGACCAACCGCGCCAAAGAGAUCUACUGCGUACAGACCAUCGCCUCGGUGGCGCGGGUCAAGUGGCGGCCCGAGCGUCGCUGGCACCUGGCCACGUGCUCCAUGAUGGUGGACCACAACAUCUACGUUUGGGACGUACGCCGGCCCUACAUUCCUUUCGCCACCUUCGAGGAGCACAAGGACGUUGCCACAGGCAUCGUGUGGCGCAACCAGCACAACCCCGACGUGCUGCUUUCUGGCUCCAAAGACAGCACUUUGUACCAGCACAUGUUUAAUGACGCCAGUCGCCCAGAGGUGCGCGCCAACCCCGAGGGCCUCAGCUUUGGUCUGUUCGGAGACCUAGCCUUCGCCGCCAAAGAGAGCCUGAUAUCGGCUGAGGGUGGGCGCAAGCCGUGCCCAGGCGGAGACCGCCGCUACCCUUUCUUCUUCGGCAAGAAGCACGACGUAAUGGAGCGCUUUGCACAGGUCUCCAGCGUGCUCAGUGUAUUUGAGUGUGAGGCGGACAGCGGAACCAGGAUGGACUGGUUCAUCGAGACGGCGCGCAGGUAUCAGCUGAGCGGGAGACCCUUCGCUGAGCUCUGCGACCACAACGCCAAGGUCGCCAAGGAGCUCAACAGACCUCAGGUGUCAACCACAUGGACCAUGCUACGCAUAAUGUAUUCUGACCCGGGUCACCCAACACCACCGGCCAAUCACAACAUGAGUAAACUGGGUAACAUGCCCCUGAUGAACAGUUUCAGUUUGAAGGAUAUGAGUGCUGCUUUGAAUGAGAGAAACAAAGAGAAUAGACAGGACAACCUGCACAACCUGGAGACCAACCUCAACAAUGACGAGAAUGAAGAGACAGAGGGAAGUGACGGUCAGGCCGAGUAUCUGUUUGGAGAGGCCGAGUUGGACGACGACGACCUGUACAGCAUGGAGCACGACAAUCAGGCAGCGGAGGAGGCGGAGUUUUCUCUCCCCCAGGAGGCGUUCCCACUACGGCACGAGAUCGUGGAACACGCCACGGCGCCCGAGCUGCUGACCGAGAAAGCUGAGUCCCCGCAGGCGAGUGGCGGCGAGACGGAGAGCGUGUGUCUGACACCCAUGGAGUCGUUCAGCCUGAUCUCGGUGUCACAGCUGCUCUUCCAGCCACGCCUGCUGCCUGGCUUCUUCAACGCCAUCGUCAAGGACACGCUGGCCUACUACGCUGAGCAGGGUGACGUGCAGAUGGCCGUCUCCGUGCUCAUUGUGCUCGGAGAACGAAUCCGCAAGGAGAUUGAUGAGCUCACACAGGAACACUGGUACAUGUCCUACAUCGACCUGCUGCAGAGAUUCAAGCUGUGGAACGUCAGCAACGAGGUGAUCAAACUGAGCACGUGCAGCGCUAUCACGUGUCUGAACCAGGCAUCCACCACACUGCACAUCAACUGCAGCAACUGCAAACGACCCAUGAGCAACAAGGGCUGGAUCUGUGACAGGUGCCACCAGUGUGCGAGUGUGUGUGCAGUGUGUCACCACGUUGUGAAGGGUCUGUUCGUGUGGUGUCAGGGCUGCAGCCACGGCGGCCAUUUGGAGCACGUGAUGGAGUGGCUCAAGAGCUCCAACCACUGCCCUGCUGGGUGUGGACACCUGUGUGAAUAUGCCUGACACACACACCCACACACACACACACAUACACACACUAGUACAUUUUAGAAUGUCAGUGUGUGCUUGAAUGAAAGUGCUGCUAAUGACAAUGAAUAAGACAUUCUCAACCACACACACACACAUGUAACACCAGCCACAAAAUGUAUUUAUGUAUGAUGCCCUUCUUCUACAAAAGCACUUUUGUUCUACUUUAAACUUUAAAAUGCUGCAUUGUCAAAUACAAAUCUGUGAUGAAUGGUUGUAAAUAUUUUUAAUUCAGUCAUUUGAGUUGUUGCUAAUACACAACCUGUAGCAAUAAAGUGUGUUCCUUCUCUUUC